GUACUACAUGUAGAUCAUCCACAACUAGCACAAGCUCUUGAAGACAGCGAUAGCGAUAUAAUCGUUUCCUUACUGCCUAAAACUGAUCUCAUGGCAGCUGUAAAUGACCCAUCGUUGUACAAAAUGGAUAAGUUGUGGAUUUCGCUACCAGUUGAUGGAGAAGCCCUAGAUAGUGAAGAACAGACCGAGAUCUUACAUCCGCAGGCUGAAAUUGAGAUCAUUUCCUUGCAACCGCACUUCAUUGACCUGCCUCAAUUCCGAGACUACUUCCUUCGAGUUUUGAAAAACAACUAUCAAAGCUAUCAGCUUCUGACUUCUUAUGUACAACAAGUUUACAAUUGUACCGAUGAGGCUUGCGAAGUUGAAAAAACUCAAAUGGCACUGCGCUAUAUGCAAUCAGCAACCACCGAAGCAGUGAUCAGAAUGACCUAUGCCUUCGCGGCUGUUGGCCAAAAGAUUGGAAGUGAUGCCGAAAAAGAACGAACAUGUGCUCAUCCAACUCCUGAAUGCACAUCGUUGAUUGUGCGAGAAUUGCUCAGUCUUGACUAUGAGUUCGGCAUCAAUGAUCCAUCUGAAUUUGCUGGAGAACGCCUCAGUUUUUACAGAGGUAAUGAACUGACCAUGAAUAAUAAGAUAUACGAAUAA